AUGAGCAAGUUCGAUAUCUCUCGCGACAUCGCUACCUUCCUGGGUGCUGGAGGAGAGCCCAUCGGCGCGACCUUGGUUUGUCUCAUCUACUCCGUCCUACAGAACCCAGAGCUUCAGCGUAAACUCGAGGCCGAGGCGGCGGCACUCGGCGAGCCAACAAUCGAUGGCGCGGUCGCCGAGCAAUGUCCUCUUCUGGACGGGGCCAUCUACGAGGCUCUUCGUCUUUUCGGAGGAGGCUUGACAAUUCCCCCACGAUAUGCUUCCACUCCACAGGUUAUCAGAGGUUACACCAUCGCGCCAGGAACUGAGGUAGCUUCUCACAACCAUCAGCUGCAUCGCAACCCAGGAGUCUGGGGAAACGCCGAGAAGUAAGUGUUGUUAAAGUGGUGGCCUUCCCAAUCUGCUGACAACGUGGAACCAGGUUUGAUCCAGAGCGCUGGCUGAAACGAAGCAAGGCCUUGACCCAGGAUGCCUUCCACCCCUUCUCAUCUGGGCCGCGAGCUUGCAUUGCAAUUCACUUGAUCAUGACUGAACUGCGCCUGUUCGCGGCGCAUUUCUUCUGGGAAUUUUCCAGGAUCGAAAAUGGGUCCGUCGGUCACGGGAAAGAGUAUGAGAAUACUCGAUCGAUUUCUUCUCGCUCCCGUGUCGAAAUCGCUUGA